AUGAUAUCAAAUAUUUAGUUUCCACCAUCAAUGAUUGCAAUAGAAUAUUAUCAGUCGUUCAAACAUAAUCUCCCUGCCAAUGUUUACUUUCUGUCCCUCGCUUCGCCAACCUAGGUAGCCGAGGAACGAGGGACGAGUUUUGACAUGACUCAAGCCAGGGCCGAUCCGCUCUCCAACGCUCUCCGUUGCUUAUUAUUCAUCAUGAAAUUAGGCAUAAUGCCGAAGAUCUUCAAAGGGCGUAUCCUAGAUCACCUUCUUGCCCCACAUCAGCACAACAUGGAGACGGCUUUCAGGGCUGAGCUCGCUUAAUCCGCGGGAUACCUGGCUCCUGCGCACUCCCAACGACUCCACAACUCAGCUUUCACUAGCCCGCAUAUGGCAACCUUCGGGCGCAAUUAAGCAUAACUUCGCAAAACAUGCUUUCCGAACUUUCAUCUAAAUGAGAUGAUGGGUUCGUAAAAAGUUCAAACAUGUCUAAUUUGGGCCAAGGUCCUCCUCCUUACGACUGUGGAUAGAGACUAUCGGGCUAGUUAUAUAUAAAAAGUAACUUUCAAACUUACCGAUAAGCAUCGUCUCGAUCCCUACGCGCCUACCAAGACACCAAGAACUCUCAUGAUCUCAGUAUUCAACCCUAUCCCAGCAUCGCAAUGCUCUGCAUUGCUCACACCAUACAUGGAUCCCAUUACCGCAGAAUUGAAAGACGCACUCUACGCACCAUUGGGCAUUCCGGCAGGAACAUUCGGUUCUAUCGAUCUCCAAACUUGCAAGCCCAGUCCUCGAAACGCCAAAGCUUACCCAAUCGUCGUCUUCUCGCCAGGAUCCGGAAACUCGAGACUCGGCUACAGCGUGAUGGCCCAACAAGUCUCAAGUGCCGGAUAUACCGUAAUCACCAUCGAUCACCCAUAUGACGCCGACAUUGUUACAUUUCCAGACAACUCUACGAUCCUUGGAAUUGACGUCGAAAACAACAUCGAUUUCGCCGUGGACGUGCGAGCUCAGGACGUCUCAUUCGUACUCAACCAGCUCUCUCAACCUUCUAUCGCUCAAAAGCUCCUCCCAGGCGUCGGCUGCGAUCUCGAUGUCUCCAAAGUCGCUAUAUUCGGUCACUCCCUCGGCGGCGCAACAUCCGCUCAAGCCAUGCUGAAAGACAAGCGGAUCCUAGGCGGUGUCAAUUUGGAUGGGACAUUUUUCAGCACCGUUGUCAACAAAGGGCUUAAGCGACCUUUCAUGAUUCUGUCGCAUGAAGGUAAGAAUAUCACGACCGAUGAUAGCUGGACUGCUACUUGGAAGGUCUUGACUGGGUGGAAGAGACAGUUCGAGUUGAGUGGCAGUGCUCAUGGAACUUUUACUGAUUUUCCUGUUCUUGUCAAUGCGCUUGGUUUUGAUGGGAUGUUGGGUGAUGCUGGUGCGGAAUUUUUGGGCACAAUUGGUGGGGCAAGGGCGAUGGAGGUUAUGACUGCGUAUGUGCAUGCAUUCAUGGAUAUGGUGUUCAAGGGCAAGAAAAGUGCAUUGAUGGAUGGAAAGAAGUUAUAUCCUGAGAUGAGUUUGGAUGCCUCCUCUUGA